CUCUCAAAUCCAUCGAAGAAGAGAUCUCUGCAACAUUGAACAGUGCCCUAAGAUUUGAGCAACAAAAUCUGAUUCCAACGCUCCAAUGUCUUCACGAGCAAUUGCUGUUGCGAUGCUUCUUCUGGCAGUGAUGAUAAGAAGUUCAGAGGGCAUACCGAACCCCAUAGAGCAGUGCCUGAGGCAACGACUGAAUCCUGUGGCGCCACCACCGCUGGAUUCGGCGCUUUAUGGAGUCUUCACUUUCACUGAAAUUGUAUGCAAAGACAUGUUUCGAGGCGUAGCUCAUUCGCUUCGGAUAACAGGUGAAUUGCCUCUGGAUUACGUGCUUGCUCUAUGUGACAUCUUCGGCGAUGACGAACAAAAGGUUCAGAGUCACGUCACUCUCGUUUUCAACACUCACGAUUAUCACACUCUCGCCGGCGGUCGCACUUGCGCCAUCAUCCGAACCAGGCAACGUGCCAACCCUCACAAUUCCUAUCUCUGGUGAACCAAUAUCCUAUUCCAUUUUCAAAUUGGAUCUUUUUCUUUUAAUUUGUGUAACUCUUCUAUUGAAAUUGGUAGCU